UAAGCCCAAACAUAUCAUAAUAGUAAGUCAGACUAUGCCUACCUCUAGUGACUGGCUUCAAUUUUAUGAUCAAACCACCAUUUAUGGCCAUACUUCACUUUCUUCUUCCUUCGGAUUCUCUGAUUCCACCAUAGCUACAAGUACAACAUCGUCAUCAAGCCCUAAUCAUCAAUCAAUCCCUAAUAAGGGUUUAAUUUCGAAGCCAAUCCGAAGGAGGUCUAGGACUUCAAAGAAAACACCCACAACCCUAUUAAAUGCUAACACUAGCAAUUUUAGAGCUUUAGUUCAACAAUUUACAGGUUGUCAUAGCAAAACUAGUUCAUUUUCAAGCCGCAAAGGUCCAAUCAACUUGAAUUUUCAAAUGGGUAGUGUACAAAAUGGUAGUGCUAUUGGAACUACAGGAAUAGCUCCUUUUAGCAACACUUAUAAUACUACUAGUUAUGAUUAUGAUCAACAAGCAGAGAAGCAAUAUUUGCACCAUCAACAAGUAGUGCAGCAACAAGAGCAAAAAUAUAUGGUUUCAUCAUCAAUACUUGAUGAUUUGUUUUUCCCAUCUGGGUCUUGUGAGAAGGAAACUACUACUACCACUGCCAUAAAUAAUAUGGAGAUACCAGCUUGUGAGCUUCUUAUUGAUGAUUUUUCUUUGCAUGAACUUGCAAGACAGUCUCUUUCUCGUGAAAAUCUUGAUGAUGUCUACUUCUAAUAGUGAAUAGCUUUACAUGAUCUCUAUGUUUGAGCAAUACGAAAAAGAAGAAGAAGGUUUUAUUUCCUUGCUACUGAUUGCAAGAUUCAUAUGUUUACAGGUAGCUAGAGGGUAUAUUUCAUGAUAUUCAUGAUGUUUGUGUUCCUUCUUUAACUUGCAUUGCAUUAUUUUUGAUAGACAUCUAUCUUUGUUUCAUAGAAAAUAAAGAAGAAAAAAUUGUAGGAACAUGGAAUAAGAAAGGGAAGACGUGGAUGGUUACGAAUCAUCAUUCUUUAAUUUAGUCUAUACAUCUAAAUCAUGGAUGUAUUUAUAAAUAGUUUCGAUCCCAAUGUUUGUAGAAACUAUUAUGUAUUUACGAGGGGUGAACAUUCACAUUCUA